GUUCGCUUAUUGCGUUGGCAACAUUAGUUGCUAAAAUGCUUGGCUACUUCACAACUAAGUGAUUAGAUAGAGAAAGUAGCGUUGUUUUGCAUACAUUUAUGCAACUAAAGGCAACCUGCUGUUUUUUACCACACUUAAAAACUGCCGAAAGCACCUAAUGUUGUGGUUAUAUUUUAUGAUAGCUGGCAACUCUGUCCUAUAAAGCGAAGAUGCCUGAAAAUCAAGGAUUUCGUAGAAAUUUUAAAAAGUUUUCAAAACCCAAGCCUAAUAUUAUUGUUGAAGAUAGUCCCGUCCUUAAUGCAUUUCAAGCUUAUCGCGCAGAACUAGACGCCAAACAUGAUCGCCACGAAAGAAUCGUAAAACUAAGCCGAGAUAUAACGAUUGAGUCGAAGAGAAUUAUAUUUCAUUUACACAGCAUUGAAAGUAAUAAGAAUAAUAGGCAGAAAGUAUUGCAGGAAGCAGAACAAAGAUUGCAAAAACUUAUUAACAUAAAUUUUAAAGCUGUAGCAAAAGAACUUCACGGACAGGAUCCAUACCAAUUUCGUUCGGCUUAUUCGCCUGGUUUGCAAGAAUUUAUCGAGGCCUACAGUUUUUAUGAAUAUUUUAAAUGGUCUGAUAAUGAAAAACAGGGACUUUCAGAUUGGCAUACAAUACAGAAACAAAUGCAGUAUAGUGAUGAAGUUGAAGUUGAAAUUGAAAAGAAGCAGGAAUCACUGGAAGAGCCAGCAACAUUAGCAGAGGCCGUAAAUACACCUCCAAAUGAGGAAGUUAAAGUGUUAGAACCAGUAAAGUUUGAAUUUUUUAUGGAUCCAACAGAAUAUGUUUUGGGUAUUUCUGAUUUGACUGGUGAACUAAUGCGUCGAUGCGUCAAUUCGCUAGGUUGUGGGGAAACAAAUGAAUGCGUAGAGACAUGCAAAGCUUUGCAAAAUUUAUAUACAUGCUACAUAAGUCUACGUGUUCAGCGCUGUCGUGAACUGUCACGCAAAGUUUACACUAUGCGUCAGAGUGUUAUUAAAGCAGAGAAUGUUUGUUACAACGUCAAGGUACGCGGCGGUGAAGCAGCCAAAUGGGGUUCUGUGUUUGAUAACAAACCAGGUGAUGACAUUGAUGAGGGUUUCUUCUAGUAUGGACUUAUACUCUCUAUAACUUUGCUUAUUUAAAUUAAAUUGAAAAUACCAUAAAGUUUUAAUAAAGUAUAGU